AUGGCUGCUCCUAUUGCUCCCGCUGCUUUCGCCUUGUCUAGGCACGGUGACCCAGAGGAGUACCGUAAACGCAAGGUCGCACUCAUUUCCGGUAUCACGGGUCAGGACGGAUCGUACUUGACUGAAUUGCUCCUUGAAAAGGGCUACGAGGUACACGGUGUGAUCCGUCGCUCGUCUAGCUUCAACACCAACCGUCUUCAGCAUCUCUACGCGGAUCAACACGAACGACCCAACAAGUUCCACCUUCACUAUGGUGACCUCUCCGAUAGCACGAACCUCGUCUACGUGAUUGCUCAGGUUCAGCCUACCGAGGUAUACAACCUGGGCGCACAGAGUCACGUCAAAGUCUCGUUCGAAAUGGCCGAGUACACCGGAGACGUGGACGGCCUUGGAACCCUGCGUCUCCUGGAUGCGAUCCGUACCUGUGGUCUGGAAAAGCAUAUUCGAUUUUACCAAGCGUCCACGUCCGAAUUGUACGGAAAGGUCGUCGAGACGCCCCAGUCUGAGACUACCCCCUUCUACCCCCGCCCCGUAUGGUGUCGCCAAGCUGUACGCUUACUGGAUUACCGUCAACUACCGAGAGGCCUAUGGCAUAUUUCGCGUGCCGUUGCUGAGAUUUCGCUGGGAAAACAACAAUGUUUGUACCUUGGUAACUUGGAUGCUCAACGUGAUUGGGGCCAUGCUAAGGAUUAUGUCGAGGGUAUGUGGCGUAUCCUUCAGCAAGACACCCCGAGGACUUUGUUCUUGCGACGGGUGAAACCCACUGCGGUCGUUGGUAUCCAAGUCAAGUGGGAAGGUGCUGCAACGGGCAAGGUUAUCGUCCGUGUUGACACGCGUUACUUCCGUCCCGCCGAAGUCGAUCUUUUGCUCGGGACACCUAAGAAGGCGAAGAAAAGCUCGGUUGGAAACGCAAAGUCACGUUUGACGAACUUGUCAAGGAAAUGGUUUCGGCAGAUUUGGAGCGGCCAAGAACCUCGUUGA